AUGCGCUUGACUGUCGAGCUCAUUCAGAACUCUCUCUCAUACAUUAAUCCGCUCAAAGAUCGCGAGCUGGAUCUCCGAGGUCACAAGAUCCCCGUAAUCGAGAACUUGGGUAUCGCCAAAGACCAAGAUGCAAUUGAUCUCACCGAUAACGACCUCUCUUCCCUUGGGAACUUCCCCUUCUUCCCUCGCCUCCACACCCUUCUCCUCGCCCGCAAUAGAAUCAAUCACAUCCAGUCGACUGUCGGGCAGUCAAUUCCGAGCCUACAAACCCUUGUCUUAACAGCCAACAGCGUCUCCGAGCUGGCAGAUAUCGACCCUCUAAAGAGUCUGACACGCCUGACACAUUUGAUUCUGUUGGAGAACCCCAUCACGCGGAAGGAGCACUACCGGUAUUGGGUCAUCUGGCGAAUCCCCUCCGUACGGUUCCUGGACUACCAGAAAGUGAAGGAUGUGGAGCGUGAAAAGGCAAAGGAACUAUUCGGAACCACCGAGGAACCAACCCCCCUCGCUACAAAGAUCAUCGGCACCAAAUCUCGAACCUUCGACACUUCCACCAUCACAGCCACGGGCCAGGCUUCGGGCGAAAAGGCCAUCCGUGUGAAACUGACUGACGCAGAGAGGAAGCGCGUGGAGGACAUGAUCCGCAACGCAAAGAGCUUGCAAGAAAUCACCCGGUUGGAGAAGGAACUGAACGAAGGACGGAUACCCGGCGGAGCCCUCGGCGCAACGGACGCUGAUGGCGAUAAGGAGAUGCAAAUGUAA